GGAGGAAGGUCAACAAUGGCCUCUGCAAGAAAGGUAACCGACAAGCGACAUAACCCAGUGGAAAGCAUUUGCAGAAAAAUCAGAGCCAUCCAAAAGAGAGAAGAGAUUUCAGAUCCGAUUCAACAGAUUAUCAAAUACCAAUCUAGCCGUUUUGACGGUCCACAGACUAACUUCAAGAAAGAUUUUGAAGAGGUCCUGACGAAAAUGGCUGCUGCUAUUCCCUGGCCCAACACACGUUUCUCACAUUCUGAGAAAGACGAUGCCUUCAUUUCAUAUCCUCAAAUAGCGUCUCCAAGAACCCUAACAGUUUCUCCUCUCUGCUCUCCUGAGAAUGCAACAUACUCUGUUCCCUUCACAAGUUCAGAAAACCUCUCAAGGCCAAGAUCACAGAGCUCUCAGCAUUACACAUCUUUGGUAUCACAGACCAGGAAAGGGGAGCACUUCUCUAACAAGGAUUUGAAUAACUAUUCUAGUGAAAAUAACUUAAGUGCCUUAAUACUUGACUUUGAUUCAACCUCUGAAAAGCGCUCUGAAUGCUUUACUUCUCAGGAUUCAGUGGGGAAAAACUUAUCUCUAAAUGAAGCUGGAUGGAAACUAGGAGACGAUAAUGUCAAGAAAGAUGUAACCUACAGCACUAAGAGGACUUGUGAAGAGUUACUCACAAGUAUUUUUCAUGCAUGUGACACAAAAUGCAGAGGCUCAGUUGGAAUUGCCAAUAUAAUAGACUACCUGAGACAGACAACUCGUCAAAAUUCUGAAGAUGGUGGACUAGAGGAGUUAUGGAACAUGCUUGAUCCUGAAAAGAGAGACCUGCAUGUGGAUCUGGAAACUUUUCAUACCAUUAUGAAAGAAUGGAUGGCUUGCUGUAGAAACAAAUGGGAAGGAAUGAGUACUGGAUCAAGUGGCAGGAUUGAUGAUUUUGUUUUUGAACAGGACAGCAUCAAAUCAAGCAGAGCAAUUAAGAUGACCACAGAUAAAACAGAAUCUACGUCAUGGAGCUUCGAGGCUUUGGGUGGAGAUGUGUCUAAAGGAGUCUUAGAGGUGUCUCAUUUGAUUACCUAUGCAGCAGACCUACAUUUUAACAGGCAGAAAUUGGAGGAAGAAAAUAAAAAGUUAAAACUGGCAUUAGAAACCUUGGAAGAAGCUAACUGCCAGUUAUCAGAAGAGUGUACUGAAUUGCGCCUUCAGAUAAAAAGUGCCCACCAGGCUAAUAUGAGAACGAAUCUGUUAAAAGAAGAACUGGAGGAACUGAAAAUUAGUAUGAAUGCUUCAGAAGAGCAGAAGACCAUGAUUGUAGCUCAGAACAAACAAUUAGAGACAGAAAACCGGGCUCUGAUUCUUAAGAUUCGGAUUCUCCAAGAAGAGAAUACUAAGAACAUUAUGGAUAUCUAUAAAUUGGAAAAGAAGAUUGAGGAAUUGUCUAAAACUGAGACUGAGUACCAAAUGCAGUUACACACAUAUGAGAACACUUUGCUUAACAAAGAUGCAAGUUUGCAGAAGAAGGAUUUAAGUAUAGAAGAACUUAAGUCAACCAUCAUAGAAUAUGGAAACAUUAUAGAGAAUUUACGAGGGGAUAAAAACAAACUGGCUCAUGAAUUACAGCACUUGCAACAGGAACUUAUCUUAAAUGGGAUCCAGCUGAAUGUUAGUGAAGAGUGUAAUAGUAUCAUCUCUGAAGAAGAAAAAUCUUUACAUUGUGAACUCACUCUUGCUCAAUCUACAGAGGACAAUGAAGUUGAGUGGCAGUGCAGUUUCACCAGUUUGUCAUCUCUGGAUAUGUUGAUGGACCAAGAAAUGCUAUUACUGAGAAAAUUUGAACAAAAGGGAGUGGAAUUCACAGCUGUCCUUCAAAAGCUGCACAAAGAAGUUUCUGAAGUUGAAACCCUCAUGGAUAGCUCUCUACAGUGGGUAACUGAUCCAGAAUUUACUGUGAAAAAAAAGUGGGAGAACAAGCUUACUGAAGUCAAAUAUAAAAUGGAAGAGAAACUAAAUCUUUGCAUAUUAACGCUGAACACCUUGGGAAGCCAGAAAAAAUCUCUUGAUAAAGAAUCUGUCAAAUUAAUAGAGACUUUGAAGAGAUUCAGGCUGGAAUAUUUUUAUUUCAGAAAAGAAUUUCUUUCCAGGCAGAAACAACUAGAAACCCUUGAACAACUGCAAGAAGAUGCUGUCAACCCGGAAGCUGACCUUAGGAAGAAGGUCCACGGAACCAGCCCAUGGCUGGAGGAUGGAGAAGAGCAGGUUGAGGAUCGAGAUCGGGCAGCCCACUCAGCCAGUGACAAAGCUAAGUCUUUGCUGCAUAAAUUAGAGGACGCAAUUUCGGAACAACGGAAUCUUCAGACUAUAAAUACUGAGUUAGUGAAUACUUGCCAGACACUUGAGCGGAAGACAAGAAAAUUGAAAACAACAGUUGAGUCACUGAGAAAGAAGUUAAUUAAAGGACGACGCCAUGGCUUACCGUUUCAGAGCCGUUUAGAUGAAGAAUUUCCUCACUAUGAUCCCCUGUCCUGCACAGAUGGAAUUCAACAACCUCUUCAAGAACAACUGAAGCAGUGUUGUCAUAAACAAUAUAGCAGUCAAGAAGCAAGAAUACAUCAGGCACCCCUGACUUUCAAACAUACAUGCUGGUACACACCUCUGCUGGAUGCCUUGCAUCUAGAGAGUCUUACAGUGAUUCCAAGAGUGGAGUUGACACCUUUCUCAGGUGUAGCCAACCGAAUCCAAGAUGCAUGUGAAAGUCCCAACCAUGUGAAAAUAGAGGAUGGUGCUUUGGAUGUGACUAGAAGACACAAGUGCCCAGGCCCUGAAGUUGGCCCCCACUCAGGAACAGAUCUUUCAGGUUGCCUCAGGAUGAAUGAUGAUCUAAGGAUGGAAGAGAAUGGUGUUGAAUGCUUGUAUCCUAAGAGCCUGCCACAGUCCAGGGAAUAUUCCACACUAUCAUCUCCUGGACACACUUCAUCCACAGAGAGUACUGUGACUUCAAGUGAUUCUGGGUCAGAAAUUUUGAAUAUGGCUUCUGGUGACCUUGUCUGUAAGUCACUCUGUGAGAAAGAGGAGGAUACAGGAUCAGCUUCUUCUAUGAUAAAGAUCACAGGCAAAAGUUCAGCUCAUGACAAUACUGCACCCCAAGGCUCUGUGAGUGAGGACAAAACCACAUUAAAUCUGGAAGCUAAAGAGGAACCAAAAACAAUAGAUGAGCAUAGAAAAGAAUGUGCCGCAGGAGUUGCUGCUGUUUCCUCUCUCCCUGUAACCACUGUGAAAUCGGUUAACUUUAAACAAAGUGACAACACUUCUGCUAAUGAGAAGGAGGUGGAGGCUGAAUUUCUCAGAUUAUCUUUGGGAUUUAAGUGUGACUGGUUCACCUUGGAGAAAAGAGUAAAGCUUGAAGAAAGAUCACGAGACUUGGCAGAAGAAAAUUUGAAGAAAGAAAUCACUAACUGUUUAAAGCUGUUAGAGUCUUUAACACCACUUUGUGAAGAUGACAACCAUGCCCAGGAAAUUGUUAAGAAGCUGGAGAAGAGUAUUACUUUCCUUAGCCAGUGCACUGCACGAGUGGCCAGUAGGGCUGAGAUGCUUGGAGCCAUUAAUCAGGAAAGCCGAGUUAGUAAAGCAGUUGAGGUGAUGAUUCAGCAUGUAGAAAACCUGAAGAGAAUGUAUGCCAAAGAGCAUGCUGAAUUAGAAGAACUGAAACAGGUUCUUCUGCAAAAUGAAAGGUCUUUUAAUCCUCUUGAAGAUGAGGAUGACUGCCAAAUUAAAAGACGCUCAUCUUCUCUAAACUCCAAGCCAUCUUCUCUUCGGAGAGUGACCAUUGCCUCUUUGCCCAGAAAUAUAGGAAAUGCAGGAAUGGUGGCUGGGAUGGAAAAUGACCGAUUCAGUAGGAGGUCAAGCAGCUGGCGUAUUUUGGGGUCAAAGCAGAGUGAACACCGUCCCUCAUUACAUCGAUUUAUUAGCACCUAUUCCUGGGCAGAUGCUGAAGAAGAAAAAUGUGAACUAAAAAGUAAAGAUGACUCAGAACCAUCUGGAGAAGAAACAGUAGAAAGGACAAGAAAGCCAAGUCUUUCUGAAAAGAGAAAUAAUCCAUCAAAAUGGGAUGGCUCGUCAAUUUAUGACACAAUAGCUUCCUGGGCAACAAAUCUCAAGACUUCCAUCAGAAAAGCUAAUAAGGCACUCUGGCUUUCUGUUGCAUUCAUUGUACUGUUUGCAGCUCUGAUGAGCUUCCUCACAGGACGAUUUUUCCAGAAGUCUGUGGAUGCUGCUCCCACACCAGAUGGGGACUCCUGGAUGUCUCUAGAACAAAUCUUGUGGCCAUUUACUAGACUCCAACACAAUGGACCACCACCAGUGUGACCAGAGCACAUCUCAAUGUGUGUGUCUUCAUUUUUAAAGUUUCAGUAUCUGAACUUUGUAAAUUAGUCAUUUUUAGCUGGGAAAUUAUAGCAUAGAACCAGAGGGUCUCAGAAGGACUGCAAGAUAUUUUACAUUCCCUCUUUCUGUGAUUUCCUCCCAAAUAAAAUAUAAUGGGGAGGAAGCCUACCUAUGAUCUUUUAAUGAGCUUUUUGAGGCGAUCUUACAUGUUGUUUGUUAAAAUUUAUUGAAAUAAAGAACCAUUCAAAUCUUCAUACAGUGAAAACAAAGUAUUCAUGGGAAAAACAACCCCACUUUUUAAAAAAUAACAUUUGAGUAUAAAAUGCUGACUAGAUUUUAAUAACCUACUGGAAAUAUAUCAACUCAUUACAUUUUAUUGAAUAACCUGAUUUUUUUCUCCAAACUGCUUGAUUCUUCAUACUGAACAAAAUUUACCAUUGGGGAUUAAGAGUAGCUGAGUAAUCUCGUCGAGAGUAGCAUAUAGCAUACAGAAUCAAUAAACUGGCAUUUGGAGCUCCUAAUUUUCUCCAUUGCUUCUUUGGAAGCAAAAUCCUUAACCAGGUGAUACAGAGUAGAAUGAAACUCUGUUUCUUCUUUAAGGGCUUCAGAGAAUGUUUCACUGUUUUCAUUGAUUUUGAGUCUCUGUGCUCUGUCACCACUAAACAUUAAAAGGGUCCAGUUAGGAUCCUGAACAGGUUCUUCUUCAGUAAGGUGUUCCCUCAGCUAAAGAAAAAGAAAAUUAGAGAAAUCCAUUAAUAGUUCUUCUAUUACGUAUUUUAGCAGAGUGUAAUUUGAACUAAGUCCCCCAACUUCCUAAUGUAAAAGAAACAUUCUUAGUGUCCCAUUUCUUAAACCAUGUGUUUAUAGACCUUAUCAAAAUGUAUUAAUUCAUUCAACAGAGAUAAUGUUGAAAGGCUAUCAUGUGCCAGGUAUUAUUCUAGGUUCUGGGGAUAUAACAAAGAAAGAAAACCAAACAAGUAGCAACUGCAACAAUAAACGCUAUCCUCAAGGAGUUUACAUUCAAAAUACACAAGUAAAUAUGGUGGCUCACUUAUGCUAGAACAUUCAUCAGUCAGCAUUUAGAAUUUGAUAAGAUACCUUUGUUCUCAGGCAGUAAAUGUGCCAGAAAGUUAAACUGGAGGCCUACCCAUCUCUGAGGAAAACGUUUGUGAAUCAUAGAUAUAUUCACAUUAAAAGCUUCCAUUUGUUCUUGUGUUGAGGUAAAGAGAGAUAAGGACAUUAGCCUAAAGUUAAGAGGGUUUGACACCAUACUGGGCAAUGAAGGCAUGAUCUUUACAUAGUUCGGCUUUAUAUUUUUGACAAAAUAAACAAAAGUGAAGUUUGAAAACUA